GCUGUCCAGAAGAAUUCCUCAGUCAGUGUCAUUCUGUCUUCCUGUGAUUUCUGUCACUUCCAGGUAAAUGGGAGAUUUGGAGACUAGCUUAAUCCAUACACGAAAAACAUGUAGAAUAGAGCAAAUGGUAGCAAAAUGGCUUCAUCGCUCUCGGGACAGCGCACCCAGGGACAGCGUGCCUGUGAUGGACAGUGCCGGGGACAGCGCAGCCCAGCCCCCCAGCCGGGUCAAAGUGACCGUCACCGUCUACAAGGACCUGGUCCUGCAGCACUACGGCUUCGAGAUCUGCCCGGGCCUUCCCCUGACCAUCGCAUCGGUCACUGCAGGGAGCACGGCCGAGGGGAAGCUGCAGCCGGGUGACCAGCUCCUCACCAUCAACUCCAGCAGCGUGGACAGCGUGUCCGUGGAGCGUGCAGCCAGCAUCAUCAGGGAGGCCGGAGAUGAGCUGCUGCUGACCGUCCUGCGCUGCACCUCCGGUGGCCCCAAGUCCUCGUUCCUGACCGCCGAGAAGAGGGCCAGGCUGAAAACAAACCCGGUCAAAGUGCGCUUUGCGGAGGAGGUGCUGCUGAACGGACACUCCCAGGGGAGCUCCCUCCUGUUCAUGCCCAACGUUCUCAAGGUGUACCUGGAGAACGGACAGACAAAGGCAUUCAGGUUUGAGAGGAGCACCACUGUGAAGGACAUCGUGCUGACGCUGCAGGAGAAGCUGUCCAUCCGCAGCAUCGCCCACUUCGCACUGGUGCUGGAGGAGCAGUACAACCUGGCCAAGAUCCACCUGCUGCACGAGGAGGAGCUCAUUGCACAGGUGGUCCAGAAAAGAGACUCUCAUGACUACCGCUGCCUCUUCAGAGUGUGCUUUAUCCCCAAGGAUCCCUUGGACCUCCUGCAGGAAGACCCAGUGGCCUUUGAAUAUCUGUACCUGCAGAGCUGCAGCGAUGUGCUCCAGGAAAGGUUUGCUGUGGAGAUGAAGUGCAGCGUGGCGUUACGCCUGGCUGCUCUGCACAUACAGGAGAGGAUCUACGCCUGUGCUCACCCACACAAGGUGUCCCUGAAAUACAUCGAGAGGGACUGGGGAAUCGAAAACUUCAUCUCACCCACUUUGCUUCGAAACAUGAGAGGGAAGGACAUCAAGAAAGCCAUCAGCUACCACCUGAAGCGGAACCAGGUGCUGCUGGACCCUCGGCAGAAGCACAUGCUCACGGCAGCCCAGGUGCGCCUGAGCUACCUGCAGAUCCUGGGAGAGCUGAAGAUGUACAGUGGGAAGAUCUUCAAUGCCACCAUGAUGCUGCAGGACAGGGAGUCGUACGUGGCUCUGCUGGUGGGUGCCAAGCACGGUGUGAGCCAGAUCAUCAACAGCAAGCUCAACAUCAUCACCAGCCUGGCCGAGUUCCCCAGCAUCAGCCGGGUGGAGCUCAGCGAGGAGUCCGAGCGAGUGAGCACUGUCAAGAUCUACCUGCAGGACCUGAAGCUGCUCACUCUGCUGCUGGAAUCAAACAGUGCGAAGGAUCUCGUCUGCCUCAUCGUUGGUUACUACAGACUCUUCGUGGAUGCAAACGCCUCCAUAUUUACCUGGGGAGAGAAAAAACAGCAACUGCACCGUGUCUCAGCUGAAGAAGGCUACGAGUCCCGAGCCUGCAGCGACUCUGAAGAUUCCUGGGACUCCUGCUCGGAGCGGCGCCCGGACAGCGCUGCGGCGGAGCGGGGAGAGCCCCGCGGAGCCGGGGGCAGCGGCGCUGAGCCCCGGGCUGGCGGCGGGGACCCGCCGGGGACAGGCGGUGACAACGCCACCGACAGCGCCUCCGAGGCGUCCGACUCGGCCAACACCGAGAGCCGGGGCUUCAAGACGAGCGGCUCCAGCGACUCGAUGGAUGCGCUGGAGGAAGAGGAGCUGGAAGCGAGCUCUUCCUCCCGGCCGGAGCCGCUCCGCUUCUACGCUCCGACCGUGCAGGAGAUGAGCAGCUCGGAGCGGAGCUUCGUGCCGGUGUGUGCCGCGGGGAGCCCCGGCGCUGCCGGCGACUAUCCCUGCUUCGUGCAGGUGCCGCCGGGGCCCGGGGACAGCCCCUCGGGGCCGGGCUCCGCUCCGCAGCCCGGGCUGGCCCGGGCCGACACCUCGGGCUGCCCCGCGGGGCACGGCACAGGCCACAGCGACCUCGUCCUGCGGCCGCCGCCGGGCUUCGGUGACUCCAGCUCCGAGGAGGAGUUCUACGAUGCUGCGGACAGGCUCAGCCCUCCGGAGGCGCGGGCAGGCUAUGAUGCAGCAUCCUGGGAGGGUGCAGAGAACCCCUCCUGCAUCCCAAAGAGGCUGAGGUGCUACAGCUUGGGGGAGAGCCCUCCAGUGAGGGAGAAGCACGGGCAGGAGAAGGAGCUGACCUGCACCAAGAGCCUGAGGAAGAGAAGGUCUUUCCUGAAAACUGAUUACACCUCACAGGUCAGUUUCCCUGCGGCUCUCCCAGGCUCUCCACAGCGCUGCUGCUCCUGGCUGCCCACUCAGCCCACAGAGGACACAGGGAAGAACACGGAGAUGGGGCUUCUUGUAGCCACCCGGGCCCAGAGGGACACCGCUGGCACAAACCCCUCCUCUGAUGUGAUGGACAUGGAGCCUGACACCACGGAGACAAAGACAGUGAUGGAAUGUCUGGUUUCCUCCAUUUCGGACACUCACCGUGCUGCUGACCAGUGUGGGGAGGAGGACAGCAGCCUCCAGCCACAAGAACCCCCCUUGCUGUCCCCAGAGCCCCUUCCCACAGGUCAGAGUGGAGCUGCCCAGGAAAGCUCCCCAGCAGAGACAGAUCCUGGGUGUCUGAGUGAGGAGAGCCAUGUGCCCACUGGAGGCUGGCAGAGCCAGGGAGUGCAGGAGGUGGGGGGUGAGGUGAUGGCCACCCAGCACAAGGCCAGUGUUGUGCCCUCUGCUGUUGCCUGCCCCUCUGAGGAGCUCCUGCUGCUGCCAUCAGCCCCUGGCCCCAGCAUGGCCCCUCCUCAGGAGCUGGCCCAGGACCAGGGGCUGCCCCCUGCGAGUGUGGAGCCUUCCCUGGCUCCCUGUCACGAGAGCAAAGCUGAUGGUCUGAGCUGUAUCAUUGGCAAGGGCUGUGCUGAUGAUCAGGGGUGGGCUGAUGGUCAGGGCAGGGAUGAAGGUCAGGGCAGGGCUGAUGAUCAGGGGUGUGCUGAUGGUCAGGGCAGGGCCGGUGGUCAGGGCAGGGAUGAUGGUCAGGGCAGGGAUGAUGGUCAGGGCAGGGAGGAAGGUCAGGGCAGGGAUGAUGGUCAGGGCAGGGAUGAUGGUCAGGGCAGGGAGGAAGGUCAGGGCAGGGAUGAUGGUCAGGGCAGGGAUGAUGGUCAGGGCAGGGAUGAUGGUCAGGGCUGUGCCGAUGAUCAGGGCAGGGCUGGUGGCCAGGGCAGUGCUGGUGGCCAGAGCUGUGGCUGCAGCAGCACUGAGGGGGCUGUGUCCCAGCCCAGGAGCCAGCAGGUGGUGGAUGGGGAGAUCCCGUGGAAGGUGCAGGAAGGCCACAUGGGGUUCCCAGAGGCAGCCCAGCUCCUGGCAGAUGGCAGCAGUGCCUCGGGGGUCCUCAGCCACCUCUCCUGGCUCUCAUUCAGGGUGAGAACAGACCCUGUGUCACACAGCCUGCUGCCACACAGGGUGGAUGAGCCACUUGAGCCUUUAGCCUGUCUGAUGACCAGCAAGUGCAUGGGGGCCGGUGCUGUUAGAAGGAAGAUGCCAACAUCCCCUGCUGGAGCAGGCUUUGUCCAGGAGCUGGAGAGCAGCUCAGGGCUGGGUGCAGGGCAGCCCACAAGAGAUGCAGGAAAUGUGGCUCAGCAGGAGCCACAGCCUGCACAGGCUGCAGGGCUGGGGAAGGACUCUUGCCUGGCUCCAUCUGCAGAGCUUUCCGUCUCCUCGGUUCCAGUUUCCUUGGGGAAAGGAGCAGGAGACAAUGGGGCUGCAAAACUCUCCUUCCUCUGUCUUAACCCCGAGGAGGGUGAGCAGACCCCUGCAGCCCCCAGCCCAGCUGGGCCUUUGGGCUGUUCCCCAGCACCGCAGGGGCUGGACAGCUGUGGCUGCCAGCUGCCCUACAUCAGCUGCUUCCCCCAGCCCCAGAACCAGGGGGAGGGUGAAACCAGCCCCCCCCAGUUUCCAGGGCCCCUCACCACCCCUCCUUCCAGCAGCCACAGCCUUCCCAGGACCCCUGGGAGCACCCUCCCAGUCUCCACUGCUGGGGACACAGCAGGGCAGGACCCCCACAUCCAAGUGCUGGGGCAGCUGAAGGACCAGGCAUGGAUGAGCCCUGUGGAUUUCUCUCGUUUCCUGGCCUACACUGUGGAGCUCCAGGAGGUUGUAGGGAAGCUCUGCGGAAACCAGGCAACUCACCUGCACGACCAGUGUGCAGAGCAGGGUGUGGAGAGCCAGGGUGCCCUGGGCUGGGCUUCCCAGGACCUGCUGUCCAGCUGCCAGGCACUCCUGAGCACAGAGCAGCCUCUCACAGAGGUGCAGUGUGCACUGAGAGCAACGUUCGACCGGCUGGUUCACCUGGCAGUGACCUGCUUCCAGGUGACACACUGCCGGCGCUGCAGGCAGAGACAGCAGGAGCUCGGAGCUGCGCUGGGGGAUGUGGUGGGCACCUACCAGCAGCUGCUGCACGCUCUGCACCAGCAGCUCCAUGGGCAGGUCUGCCCUGAGCUGGGCACCAAGCUCCUUGCCCGCCAGCACACGGCCCUAGCAGCUGCCAUCUUCUGUCUGCUGCAGCAGUUCAGGGCAUCCCCGUGGCUGUGACAGGCAGGCUGCGGGCACACAAGGGUACUGAGGGGGACAGAGCCCAGAUGUGUGCCCCCUGCCCGCCUCAGGCUCUCCCCCAG